AUGGCACCCCGUGUCGAGAUCCUCGACCUGUCCAAUACUUCUCAUAUCUACCACUCACCGGCUACCAUCACCGCCUCCAACACCAAGUUAGUUCAUGUAUCUGGUCAAGUAGGAGCCACCAAGUCCGGCCACAUCCCUGCCGACUAUGAGUCUCAAAUUCAUCUGGCGCUCCUCAAUCUGCGCCGCAUUAUCAUCGCAGCCGGUGCCACCGUCAAGGACCUAGCCAAGAUCACCGUCUACAUCGUCGACUACAGUCCCGACCGCAGAAAGCAUACUCGACCCAUCCAACGAUUCCUGCGUGGCCACAGGCCGGCAAUGACGCUUGCGCCUGUCGCCCAACUCGCGAACCCAGCCUGGCUCUUCGAGAUCGACGCUGUCUUUGCUAUUCCCUCCCCUAGGGAUUCAAUCCCACGCCUUCUGUCUACCCCUUCACCAACAAAAUCUGUUGAUGUAGUCAUCAUUGGCGCAGGUCUGGCUGGCCUCUCUGCAGCCCAGGAUCUCCACCGUGAAGGGUUGUCAUACGUUAUCCUCGAGGCUCGUAAUCGCGUUGGAGGCAAGACAUACACUCAUCCUCUCCCCACCGGCCGAGGAAAUGUUGAGCUCGGAGCUGGCUGGAUUAAUGAUACUAACCAGUCACGUAUGAUUGAGCUUGCUCGUCGAUUUGGCCUGGAGCUGAUUGAGCAAAACACCAACGGUAACGUGGCGUUGCAGGAUGUUGACGGCAGUGUCUCUCCAUUCCCAUACGGAGAGCUCCCCAACUUCGACCAAGCCUCCCAGAAAGAUGUAGCCCGCAUUCGGGACAAGGCGGAAGCCGAUUGCCAGCUUUUGGAUAUCUUCAAGCCUCAAGAUACGGCACUCGAUGCCAUGACAUUCGAGGCCUACCUGCGCUCCAACAAUGCAUCAGAGAAGGCCCUCUGGACUGCCACCGUCUGGACUCGCGCUAUGCUGGGCGUCGACCCCCGCGAUGUUUCUGCCCUCUUCUUCCUCAACUACUGCAAGUCCGGCGGUGGCCUCUUGCAGAUGCGUUCCGACCGCAAGCACGGCGGCCAAUACCUUCGCAUCCGUCAAGGCACCCAGAGCUUUUCAGAGCAUCUAGCCAAGGCUCUCGAACCGGGUUCCAUUCAUUUAGACUCUCCUGUAAAGCAGGUUACCCAGGACGGCCCUCAUUCUGUUAGCGUCACAGCUGCCGAUGGUGCUGUCUAUCGUGGACGCAAGGUCAUUACCACAGUACCAAGCCCUGUGCUGAAGACAAUUGAUUUCCAGCCCGCCCUUCACCCGGUGAAGCUUGCCUGGUCCGAGUCGGCCAACUACGGCUACUACACAAAGGCCAUGAUGGUCUUCAAGACCCCCUUCUGGAUUGCAAAGGGCUGGUGCGGUCUGGCACAGUCCUUCACCGGACCAGCUGCCGUAGUGCGCGACUCCUGCAGUCCCGCUGAUGGCACCGCGGUUCUGACUUGCUUCAUGUCUGGUCCACCCGCCCAGGAGUGGUCCCUCCUCCCUCAAGCUGAGAAGAACGAGAAGCUUCUCAACCAACUUGGCAAGCUAUUCGGUGCCGAGGACACAGUGAAGCAGGAGUUCAUCGAGUGCCACAUCCACGAGUGGAACGAGGAUGAGUACUCGGGAUAUGGCUGCCCAUGUGCUCAUCUGCCUCCCGGAGUUCUGGAUGCGCUUGGGCCCGACUCACUGCGCGAACCUAUUGGAAAUCUGCACUUUUCUGGUACUGAGACUGCUGGCGAGUGGAAGGGUUAUAUGGAAGGUGCUGUUCGUAGCGGUGAGCGCGCUGCUCAAGAGAUUAUCCGUGAUCUGAAGACUGGACUGGCAGCUCGUCUGUAA